GACUAUAAGAGAAUGAUAAUUCAGUUGAUUCAGUGCUUUGUUAGUAACCAAGAGCACAAUGAUGUUGAUUUUUGUAACAGUUUUAAUACUCAAUGUGUGGGCUGUAUCAGCAGAUGAUGUUUUGUCGUUAAACAUAAACAUCCUUGAAGAACUGGGGAAAAUAAAGACCAUGGAAACAAAAAUGAAAUCUAUGGAGAUUGAAAUGGAGCGACUCAGAACAGAAAACAAAGAAAGGGUGAAAGUAGCAUUUUCAGCCACGCUGUCAGCUUUAGAGAAUACCCACAAAUUCAUUGGCCCUUAUGCAGAUGCAGUCUCUCUUGUGUAUGAAAAUGCAUUAACUAACAUUGGAAAUGCUUACGACACAAAUACAGGAAUCUUCACUGCACCAGUAAAAGGAGUGUAUUACUUCAACUUUGUGCUCUUCCAUCACCACGCCAUGCCAACCGGUGUGAGACUGCUAAAGAAUGGCCAUCAUGUGGUCGGAGCAACAGAUAGCGCUCCCGGGCUAGACACCGAGGACACUGCGUCCAACGCUGUCUGCCUUCUGCUGGAAAAAGGGGACCGGAUAAGUCUUCAGCUCUGGGAGAACCGUCGUGUCUACACAGAUGGGAACAGAAGGAACACCUUCAGUGGACACCUUCUUUUUACUAUGUGAAGUUUCAGGGUUUGUAUUUAGAUAAAAUAAACUUUCCUGAAU